UGAUUGAAAGGGUAAGAGUGAAAGUCGUUUAAAACAAAACUAGCGACCCGAGUUAUAAUUCUACGGGUACAAAGUGAAAGUCCGACCGGAAAGAGUUCGCUGUAUCUAGGGUUUCUAAUUUCUGCGGCGGCAGAUACACCUACAGACCAGAAUCGCUCAUGCCGUCGCACAAGUCGUUCAUGAUAAAGAAGAAGCUAGCGAAGAAGAUGAGGCAGAACAGGCCUAUUCCUCAUUGGAUCCGUAUGCGCACCGACAACACUAUCAGGUACAAUGCUAAACGUAGGCACUGGCGCCGCACCAAAUUAGGGUUUUAAAUUAAGGAGCUUGAUGUAUACUUUUAUUUGAUCUGUAAUGACUAAGAUGUACAACAGAAAAAGUUGGAAUUCUUGAUUAUGUAUCGUUUCACAUUCAAAAUUUGAGACAUAUUGGAAUCAGAAACCAUGUCUAUCAGUUUGUUGUCA